UUUUUAUCUUCUUGUCCUUAUUAUAUAUUUGUCAGAUGGAUUAUUCAAAAUUUAUUAGUGAACAUAGCAAGGCUAGAAAUCCUUCAAGUAUUCGUGCUCUUAUGCCUUAUGUGAACCGCAAGGAUAUAAUUUCUUUGGGUGCUGGUCAACCUAAUCCUGCUACUUUUCCUUUUGCAAGCAUGACCGUGACAUUGAAAAAUGGUGAUGUGAUGGAAAUGGAUCCUGAAUUAUUCCAACGAUGUUUAUCUUAUGAUGCCACUGCUGGCUUACAACCACUUCAAGAUUGGUUACGAGAAUUACAGAAGAUUGAACAUCAACCUACUGUUGAAUUCGAUGUAGCUAUUGGCGCUGGAUCUCAAGAUUUGUUGACGAAAGGACUGGAAAUGAUGAUCAAUCCUGGUGAUGCUGUAUUAGUAGAAGAUCCUUCGUAUACUGGUGCUUUGGCCUUUUUAGAUACCCAACCUUGUGAUGUUGUUGGCGUCCCUACUGAUACAUCCGGUAUGAUCCCUGAAGCUUUCGAAUCCUUGUUGGCAAAUUGGCCUGCUUCCAAUCCUCAUGGCAAGAAGGAUCAACCUAGACCCAAGGUACUUUACACUACUCCUACUGGUGGUAAUCCUUCAGGCGUCACUAUCAGUGAAGAACGAAGGAAGCAAAUGUAUGAUAUUUGUCACAAGUAUGAUAUCAUGAUCUUGGAAGAUGAUGCCUAUUAUUAUUUACAGUUUGGUAACAAACGAGUUCCCUCUUACUUUUCCAUGGAUGUAGACGGUCGUGUUCUUCGUUGUGAUAGUAUGAGCAAGAUUUUGUCUUCUGGUUUACGUAUUGGCUGGGUGACAGGACCAAAGGUGAUGAUUGAACGCAUAAAUAUGCAUACUAUGGCUUCCAAUUUGCAACCUUCUGGUGUCUCUCAAUUGUUGGCUUUUGAACUUUUACAAAAAUGGGGACAUGAUGGAUUUAUGGAACAUGUAGGCAAGGUGUCAGAUUUCUACCGUGAAAAGCGUGAUUUAUUUGUGGACAGUUUGAAUAAAUAUAUGAAAGGUCGUGCGGAAUGGGUUAUCCCUGAAGCUGGCAUGUUUGUUUGGGUGAAAUUGCUAGGUGGUAUUACUGAUUCUUUUGAUCUGGUCAUGAACAAGGCAUUGAAGAGACGCGUGUUGGCGAUUCCUGGUGUAGCAUUCAAACCUAUGGGUGAUAAGACCCCUUAUAUUCGACUUAGCUUUAGCAAUGUGGUAAAAGAAGAUAUGGAUGAAGCUUUACGUCGUUUGGCUGAAGUGAUUGAUGAAGAAGCUGGUACUACUCAACAAUAAUCCUCUCCAAAAAAAAAAAAAAACUUCUUUUACUCUUGUUGUAUCAUACUUUUUAGAUUAUAUUAUUAUUUCUCCAUUUUUGUAUCCUAGUACGAUGUUUUAUUUAUUUAUUUUUUUUCAAUAAAAU